CCUAGUAUUUUUUAUUAAAGAAAACACAACCUACUAUAUUUCCAGUGAAUUAAAGGGUAAAUUUGGUUGUUAAAUAGGCCAGGUCUCCAUAUAAACCAAAAAGAGGCACAAUGUCACAAGGCGGUGGCACACCAGCGGCUGGCAAUGCAACAACAACUUUACAGAGCGGCGGUGGUGGUGUGGGCUUUAGCAAGCUGUUUAUUCAACGUGACUAUAGCGAGGGAACAUCCGUAAGAUUCCAUACUAGGCUUCCCACAGAGCUAGAAGGAUUGAUCGAACGAUCAGUCUUCGAGGCUACUAUAACUAGGCUUAAUGAAUUCUACGCUGAAGCGGAAGAGGGGUCCUGCGGAACAUACUGUGAGGGCUGCAUAGGCUGCAUUACGGCGUACUUAAUAUAUAUGUGCUCCGAAACGCAUUAUGAGAAGACACUGCGUAAGAUUUCCAAAUUUGUUGCUUCCCAAAACGAGCGCAUUUAUAAUCCAAAGGGCUUACAACUUAUCGAUCCAACAUAUCGCGGACUUCGAGUCAUAGAAAUUACUAUAUUUGAUCGACCUGGGAGGACGUGACUUCCACUGUCCCAUUCGACCGAGGAAUUUUUCAUGUGAGACACCCACAUCAGUGAACAAGAUGAAUAGAUCCACAAGUUAGAAGCAAAAAGUUAAAGCCAUAUGUGAGUUUCCACUGAAGCAUAAUCCUUAACGUGAUAUAUCCGCGUGCAAGGAGCUUGACAGUACGGUGCCACUCAUAUUUCGGCGUGUGACUUAGUCAUAACUAUGUAUGUUUAAAUCCUGUUUCUGUUGCAGUCACAUUCGGAUAUGAAUACGGAAACGUUUAUUUAUGGGUAGUUAUUAAGCAAGGAAAGUGGAAUGAGUUAAUUCGAGUAUUUCUGCUUUAGCGGCAGAGCUUUUAUAGUAGGAAGAAGAUAACAAAUAGCUUCUGAUACUGCAUUUUGAGCUAAACAUUACUACAUUAUACUUAUGUUGUUGUUCUUUUUACUUGUUUCACAAAACGAUCGAGAUAUGUUUUAAUUGUAAUAGUACGCAACUUAACAUUUUAUUUUGUGUUGAUAUAGUUUUUAAAUUUGUAAUGCAGUUGAGCUUUACGCAUAUUUAAUCAAAACUUUCGUGUUUUAUGCAAAUACUUAAGAAUAGCACGUGCAUAAAUAAUAAUAAUAAUAUACAUAUACAUACACACAUGAACAGGAAAGUGUAUAAAUUCAUAGAAUUUUAUAUACACAUUAUGAUCAAUUUAAAAAGCGCCAAAUGAUUAACGUACGUAAAUCAUAUUAAAUUUAAUAAAGUCAGUUUUACGAAUGUAUGCUAAAAA